GAAUGCUUGUCAUCUGUCAAUGUCAAAGAGGAUGAAAAGCGGGUGUUUUUAUUGUGGCAAAUUAUUUUUUUUACAUUUGUGAUUAAAUUAAAUGGGUCAUGGAUUCAUUACCAGUCUCACCUGAAGUCACCUACAAUUGGGUAGACAUAACUUCAGAUUUCUUUAAACAUAUUGAAGAUCUUAAAUUGGGAGAAUUACUCCAUGAUGGUCAUCUCUUUGGUUUAUUUGAAGCCAUGUCAGCUAUUGAGAUGAUGGAUCCUAAGAUGGAUGCAGGAAUGCUUUGCAAUCGGGGGAAUCCAAAACCACUGAAUUUUCCACAGGCUGUUGCUAGUGGAAAACUAAAAAUUGAUGACUUAGAACCUAGUGAGUUAAUAGGUAUUAUUGAUGCUACGAUGGCCUGCAUCGUCUCUUGGCUGGAAGGACAUUCACUAGCACAGACGGUGUUCACCAAUCUCUAUCUACAUCAGCCACAUUCUAUUAUAAAUAAAACAUUGAAAGCAUACUGCAUCGCUGUCUACAAGCUGUUAGACUGUAUACGAGAUUGUAUUACCAAAGCGCAAGUAUUUGAAGAGGAAGACUUCCUACCGAUGGGUUACGGCUAUCGUCUUGGCUCUAAUCCUCAAAUGGGCAGCGCAUAUGAUGCUAGUCUCGAAGUCAGUGAACAAAAAUGUAUUGCAAUGCUGAGAGAGCAAGAGGAAGAUCUGAAUAAGAAAUCACGGAGUUUUGAUGAUGAUGAUGCAAAUAAUCUGUGGCCGGCUUUGGCGGCUAGAAUUCGCUUCACUAGAAUGAUCUAUCAAGCUCUUCUAGUGAUAACAAAACGAGAUUCCCAGUCUGGGGCAGAUUGCGUUGCCCUACUUAAUGGGUGCUCCGAAAUGAUGAAAAUCAUUAUUAAAACAGCGGGGAAAGGAACACAGCCUGUGGAGAAUUCGGAUUCUCCUAAUCCUAUGGGUUUCGAGCCGAUGAUAAACCAGCGGCUGUUGCCGCCGACGUUCCCGCGCUACACGCGCAUCAAGCCGCGCGCCGCCGCGCUGCUCUACUUCGACGACCUCGUCGCACGCCUGCGCCACGCCUGGAAGAUCACCUCCUGCACCAACUUUCAUACUGCACUCGAUUUCUUCAUGGAGUUCAGUCGACAGCGGUCGUGCAUCCUGUCGCGGUCCGCGCUGCAGCUGCUGUACCUGAGCCCGUCGCCCGCCACCUCCCUCAGCGUGGCCGCCACCGCGCCGCCGCGCCCGCAUCCCUUCGUCGAGAUACUGCGCGAGUCCAUACGCAGCUUCGUCAACCCCCCCGCACUCGCCCUCAAGUCACCCGCUGGGACCACCCCUCAGGGUCGUGAGUUGGUAGAGAAGUUUCUGGUGCGGUGCGUGCGACCGUUUGCGGUGUUGCUGCAGGUGUGCGGACACAACCGCGCGCGCCAGCGGGACAAGCUGGCGCUCCUGCUGGACGAGUUCGCCGCGCUGCAGGAAGAGGCGGAGAGCGUGGACGCGCUGCUGGUGGGGGGCGCGGGCGCGGGCGCGGGGGCGGUGGCGGGCGCGGGCGCGGGGCGCUCCUGCCUCGGCACGUGGCUGCUGUACCACGUGCUGCGCGUCAUGAUCGCCUACCUGCUGGCCGGCCUCGAGCUGGAGCUCUACAGCGUGCACGAGUACCACUACAUAUUCUGGUACUUGUACGAGUUCCUGUACGGGUGGCUGGUGUCGGCGCUGGGGCGCGCGGCGGCGCUGGCGGGCGAGGCGCGGCGCGACUGCAAGCGGGGCGCGCGCAAGCACAAGAAGCGGGCACGGCACGCGCGCGAGGGCCUCAUGUGCCAGGUGCUGCAGAAUAUGUGCGGAGGCUACUAUAAGGCGCUGGUGGCGUUCAAGCUGCAAGGCAAGGUGCGGCAGCCGCGCUGCGCCUUCGACAGCGAGGCGGUGCGCUACAAGCACCGCUUCGCGCCGCUGGCCGUGCUCACGCCGCCGCAGGUGCACUACCACGAGUUCUGCGAGAUGACGCAGCCGCUCAAAUACGAAAAUCCCGUGAUCCUGUAUUUAGGCGGCUGCAAACAUUUCCAACAAGCGCGGACUGUUCUAGAAUCUAUAACAACACCAGAUCAAGAGGUAACAGAUCUGCUGAAAGUGGCCAAAACUAAUUUUGUAGUUUUAAAACUAUUGGCUGGCGGACACAAGCGCGACUCCACCGCGCCGCCGGAGUUCGACUUCUCCGUACAUAGACAUUUCCCCAUCAUAAAACUAGUCUAAAUAUAUUUAAAUCACUUUUUAAUAUUAUGUCUUGUAUGAAUUUCUAAAAAAAAUUCAAUAUUUCUCUUAAAUGUAUCAUUAAUAGUAAAUAAGUAAAUAUUUCUAUCGGCUUAUCAAAUUUCACAUUCGAUUUUUCACACUUUUUAUGAAUUAUGAUUUUUUAACGUAUUUUUUUGCUUGUUCGUAAUUAAAUAUAUUAUUUUUAUCACAGAUAAUAAAUACUAUGCUAGUCGUCAAAAUCGACAAAAUCACUCGUGUUUAUAAUCUACAGUGAAAAUUAGAAAACUAUUCGAUUUUAUUAUGAACUAUAUAAAACUUGAUGUAUUGUGUUUAGUGAAUAAUUAAAACAUUUAACAUUUAAAAAAACAAUCGUAAUAUGUAAAUAA